AUGGCACCGUCGGCUAUUGAGACCCCGGUCCUCGUCCCAGAAGGGAUCAAUGGAAUCAAGAAGAGCAAGAGCGGACUCAUCCGCGAGCCGACCAAGUAUCAAGGAAAUCUUGACGGAUACAGCUACAUCGAAGUCACUCCACAGAUUGGUCGUGAGUAUACCAACAUUAACCUGAAGGAACUGCUACGAGCACCAAACUCUGACGACCUCAUUCGUGACCUUGCUGUUACUGUUUCUGAGCGUGGCGUAUGCUUCUUCCGUAAUCAGGACAAUGCCGACAACGAGACCCAGAAAGAACUCGUUCAGCGUAUGGGAGAACUCGUCAACAAGCCCAAAGAAUCUAAGCUAUACAUCCAUCCGAGCAUCAAUUAUGACAAAAAAUAUCACAACCGUAUGGACGAGGAAAUCAGUACCAUUAGCUCCGAGGAGACUGCGCAUUUGUUUAAGCACCGCUAUGAUGCCCUCAAGAAGGACAGACUAUUGCAGAAGAAGGCUAAAACUGCAUACUGGCACAGCGAUAUUGCCUUCGAGAAGGUGCCAGCUGACUACUCAUGCCUACGUUUGGAAAAACUUGGUCCUACUGGCGGUGACACUCUGUGGGCUAAUGCUUACGAACUAUACGACCGUUUCUCCGAGCCAUGGCAAAAGUUUCUCGAGGGUCUCACAUGUCACUUCGGCAACCCCGGAUUUGAACCAAUGAUGAAGGUAUGGAAUUUCGACAUGUACACCGACCCUCGUGGACACCCUCUUAACGCUGGUUCAACGCUCGGUGCUACGCAUCCCGCUGUUCGCACCAACCCAGUAACAGGUUGGAAGGCGCUAUAUGGUAUCGGCCACGCUGAGCAGCGUCCUCGUUUCAAUGAAUUAACGAAGCUGGAAAGCGAUCGCAUGAACGAGUUUCUCGAAGUCUACCUUCUCGAGAACCAUGAUGCGCAAGUAAGGUUCCGAUGGAAUGGGCCGAACGAUGUCGCUCUCUGGGACAACCGAAGUACAUUCCACACCGCAACAAUGGACACUGCUGGACAGGGUCCCCGCUUCGGCCAACGUGCUGUAGGCAUCGGUGAGCCACCAUACCUGGACCCUGCCAGCCAGAGUCGGAGAGAUGCUUUGGGUUUGUGGCUCAAGGACGAGUAG